AUGAAUAACACCACCACCAUCUCCGAUCCAAAUUCCGGCACCGGCUGGUUCUUCGGAUCGGAACAAAUCCGAGGAUUCAACUACGCCAUUGGUGUUUCUGCUACCAUUGUUCUAUUGUUUGCAAUCAUUACAAUAACUUCAUAUUUUUGUACUCGAAAUCAAAUACCAGUACAAAGAAACUUAAAUCGCGAUGAAAAUAAUAAUUGUGUGGUGGAAAUGGGGAUUGAUGAGGCAACACUUUUGAGUUAUCCUAAGUUGUUAUAUUCAGUAGCUAAGGACUCAUCAACAACUAGUACUUGUUGUUCAAUAUGUUUAGCAGAUUACAAGGAUAAUGACAUGCUAAGGUUGUUGCAAGAUUGUGGACAUUUGUUUCAUUUGAAGUGUGUGGAUCCUUGGCUUAUGUUGAAUCCAAGUUGUCCAAUUUGUAGAACAUCUCCCUUGCCAACACCACAAUCUACUCCUUUGGCUGAGGUUGUUCCUUUGGCUUCUAGACUUUCCACCUUGAUGUUGCAGUAA